ACUCGUUCGGUCCUCCUCGCAAGCCGCCUGGCGGACUGUCAUUCAGUCGCGCGAUUUCACGGUGGUUGGUGUGUUUUUGGACGUUCGUUUUGGUAUCGGCGCAAAAUUCCAAGUUUUCCUUGAGGUUGUGCAGUGUCGCGAUUCGGAAAUCGCGUAAAUUGAAUUAAACACUUGACGGCGUGACGGUCGGAAGUAGAGUUGGGUGUGUGGGACGCGUAAUUACCGCUCGGAGACAUGAAGAAGCGGCCAAUCAGGUCUGGCACGGAGGAUUCGGGCGGCGGUGGCGAAGUCUCUGACUUGGACGGGGGCCCGGCCGUGUACAAGACCACGGCCGACACCUUCAUAAUUAUGAAUGAGCGGCCCGUGGACGACAUCUCGAUGGAGUUCUUCUACAAACCGCACACAAUUACGCUGCUGGCGGUGUCGAUUGUGUCCGUGAUGUACUUCGCCUUUGUCAGAAAUGAAGGCGAUCUUCACGAGAACAUUUGGGCUGGAAUACUAUGCGUUGUGUUUUUCUUCUUGAUUAUUUCUGUUUUAGCAUUCCCCAAUGGCCCAUUCACACGUCCUCACCCGGCUGUCUGGCGUAUGCUAUUCGGCAUUUCAGUACUCUAUUUGCUCCUAUUGCAAUUUUUCAUGUUCCAAAACUACAAGACGAUCAUGGGAAUCAUAUAUUGGAUAGAUCCAAAAUUGCAAGAGUUUCACAUAAAUAUGGAAAAGGAAUACGGUGUAAAUUGCUCAGACGUAACGGCAGAACGUAUUUGGUCACAUGUCGACGUAUUCGCUUGGGGCCAUUUUCUCGGUUGGAUGUUUAAGGCAAUUCUCAUUCGCCAUAUGGGAAUUUUAUGGACUAUUUCAGUGAUGUGGGAAAUCACCGAAGUGGCUUUUGCCCACUUACUACCAAAUUUCAUUGAAUGCUGGUGGGACGCUCUUAUUCUGGAUGUGAUACUCUGCAAUGGUUUCGGAAUAUGGUGUGGAUUAAAAAUUUGUAAAAUUUUAGAAAUGAGAGAAUAUAAAUGGACAAGCAUAAAAGAUAUUUCCACCACAACUGGUAAAAUAAAACGGGCUGUGCUUCAAUUUACACCAGAAAGUUGGACUCAUGUACGAUGGCUGGAUCCGAAAUCGACUUACAUGAGAUUUGCGGCUGUGUGUCAGUUGGUGAUAUUCUGGCAGGUGACCGAAUUGAACACGUUUUUCCUGAAACACAUAUUCGAAAUGCCACCUGAUCAUCCCAUUGUGAUUAUUCGUCUCAUAUUUAUAGGUUUAUUUGUAGCUCCGUCUGUAAGGCAAUAUUAUAUUUAUGUAACAGAUACGCGUUGUAAGCGUGUCGGUACCCAAUGUUGGGUAUAUGGAGCUAUUAUGGUGUCCGAAGCCAUUCUCUGUAUUAAGAAUGGAAAGGAACUGUUCGAAAGGACGCAAGCUAUUAAUAUUGUGGUUUGGCUUAUUGUUCAAGUCCUUAUGUCUAUACUGUUUGUGUAUGGAUGUGUGCUGUGGCAUCGGUUUAUCGAGUCGCCAUUAACAAAUUCAAACAAGUCAUCGUCGCAUGCGGCGAAACGGGCUGCAGCAGAGAUCCGAGAUUCAGCUGUCUUGAGAGGAGACUCAAAAGCGGAUCUAUCGCGAAAGCAUGCAAACAAACCACAAAAAGAUGAAUAAGGAAUAAGCUUCAAUCUACUGACAAAAAUUGUAAAAUAAUUAAUUAUGUAAUUAUGGAAUUAUGUAUGAAAAUUAUACAUGCAAGUGAUGUAAAAAUGAUGACUAAAGUUAAACCAUCUAUGAAGGAAGUAAGUUAACUUUACAGACCUUCAACUCCAUGUUUAGUCAGAUAGUUUCAUUCAUUGUACUUUAUUCAGGUAAUUUAGAUUUUAGGCAGCUCAGAAAUAUAGUCAUAUUAUUAGUGGUAAUAUGUUCACUGAUUGUAACUGUUUUCUAUAUAUUUUUUCGUUGGAAGUAAUUUUAUCUUUUGAAUUUUCAUUUAUUUAGAUAAAAUGAUGACGCAACAUUUUGUAAAAUUUUGUUUCCUUUUGAAGUUAAGAGUCAUAGCUUAUCUCCCACGAUAGCCUUAAUUUUAAGGCUAGCUUUUGGCAAAUAGCAGAACAACACUCGACGUAAUCUUAAACUUUAUUCGGAAAUUUGAGAUACAUAAGGCGCGAAGAAAUGAAAUGAAAAAUAGUCCAGCAAAUUUGUAGCUUUAAGUUAGCAAAAUUACUUGAGGAAAGAGAAUAUUAUCUAAAAACUGAAAUUUGUCUAAUUAAACCCGAGAAAAGGUGAACAAGAAAUAAUAUGAGAACAUGAACAAUCUAAACAGUUAGAUAGGUUGAGGAACCUUUUAAUGAAUAUAAGUUACAAUUUGCCAUAGCAUAUAUAUGGUUCAUAUUGGGUUGGGGAAAAAGUAAUGUUGUAUUUGUGAUCGAAUUUUAACGCUUGAUUUAACGUACUUAGAAUUAUCCAAUUUAAGUCAAAUAUGCGCCGUUUUAUUCGCAAACUUGUUG